ACACCGAAUACCAAAUAGACAACAGACCUAGUUUAAAGAUUGAAGAAAACAUCUCAAACCACUUCUUGUAGGACCAGAAGCGCUCCUAAACAGUAGUCAGCUGUCUCGACAUGGUCACGAAAUCAUGCUGUAUUUACAGCACUGGGGUGCUUUCCAUUCUCAUUUUAAUUGCUGGCAUUGCCUUGGUGUUGUCUCAAGUCUUUCCCAACAUUUUGUACAACAGGAUAAAGCAGGAAAUUGUGUUAAAGAAUGGCACAGAUGCUUUUGAGAUCUGGCAGGACCCCCCACCUCCAGUCUACAUUCAGUUUUAUUUCUUCAAUCUGACCAAUCCUGAUGAGGUGUUGGCCGGGGAAAGACCUGCAGUACUGCAGCUGGGGCCAUACACCUAUAGAGAGUAUCGUCCUAUGGAAAAUGUGCGCUUCCUGGAGAAUGGCACCAAAGUGGUUGCAGUCAACCCAAAGACUUAUGUGUUUGAACCCAACAUGACCAACGGGUCAGAGGAUGAUCUCAUUAGAACUGCAAACAUUCCAGCAAUGACAGUGAUGGAGAAAUUUGCAGACCACAGCUUUAUCAGCAGAUUCAUCUCAGACUACAUGAAAGGGGUUGGCAUCGGUUUAUUUGUGACCUACACUGUCCGAGACCUUCUGUGGGGUUACCAGGACCCACUGCUCCAUGCUCUCCAGACCUUUGAUCAUAGUUUGGAUGACAACUUUGGCCUCUUCUACAAGAUGAAUGGGACUGGUGAUGGAGAGUAUGUAUUUUUCACUGGAGAAGACAAUUAUCAAGACUUUGCUCGGGUGGACUUGUGGAAUGAUGAAAGUUCAUUAAAAUGGUGGAGCACUGAUGAAUGUAACAUGAUCAAUGGGACGAAUGGAGCCGCCUUCCAUCCAGUAAUCACCAAGAAAGAGACACUAUACAUGUUUUCAUCAGAUCUCUGCAGGUCUCUUUAUGCGCUCUAUGAGCAGGAAGUGAAUGUGAAAGGAAUCCCAGGGUACCGCUUUGUUCCUCCCAGCGAGGUUUUUGCCAACCUGACAGUGAAUCCAGCUAACGCUGGCUUCUGUGUGCCCGCAGGAAACUGCCUUGGUUCAGGCUUAUUAAACAUCAGUGCCUGCAAGCAAGGUGCUCCAAUUAUCAUGUCAUCACCACACUUUUAUCAGGCUGAUGAGAAGUUUGCCAAGGAUAUUUUUGGAAUGAAUCCUAAGAAAGAAGACCAUGAGACCACCAUAGAUAUAAACCCGCUCACUGGAAUUGUGAUUCGAGCUGCCAAGAGGCUCCAGGUGAAUGUUUACUUAGAGAAGAUAACUGCCUUCAGCCAGACCGGUGACAUAAAGACUCUGGUGUACCCCAUCAUGUUCCUAAAUGAGAGCGUUGUCAUUGAUGAGGAUUCCGCCAAGAAACUGCGAGCAGUGGUUGAUAUGGGCAAUGUGGUGAUCAACAUACCCUUCAUUGUGAUUGGAUUAGGCAUCCUCAUGGGUGUGGUCUUUUUGGUCCUUAUGUGCCGACAGAGAGUCCCAGAGAGCACUCCUGCUGAACGCCAGCCUUUGCUGACGUCUUAACUUUGCAGAAGGUGGACUAUUGGGAGAGAAAGCUACCUACAUAUGGUCUCCCUACAGAAGACGCUCAGUUCACAUAGUUCUAUUCUGAAACAAGCAUGUCUGUGUUGGCUUGCAAACACCUUACAGUACUUACAUCAUGCCUUUUCAGUAUUUAAUCACGGAGUUGACCAGCCACUGAGGAAGCAUUGAGGAGCAAAGGUGUCUUCUUGAUAUGCGCUCUUAGUUUUGCUGAAAUGUAAAAAUUGCUUCUAUUUUGAUUUUUAUACUUUAAUGACUUCGCGCAGCUUGGACUUGUGCUGUGUUAUGUGGUUUGAGCGGGGUUUGAUAUGCUGUUUUAAGUGUUUUUAAUCAGGGAAUUCCAGAAAAUUUCUAGGAAAGACUCCUUUAGAGAAAAUGUAGAACAUGGUAAUUUAAGGGAAGGACUUUUUCCAGGGGGUAACGGCAGCAUUGGGAGUCAAAGCUUCCAUUGAUUUCAUUCUUUUGAUUCCUGGGGAAGGUGCCUUAGUGUCUUUAAUGACAUUAUUGUCCUCUCUUUCUUUUUGUUUAAUUAUGAAAAGGUAGAUUCCCAUCUCUGGAAUGAAAAGGUAGAUUCCCAUUUCUGGACAAAUCCUAUGCAGCCUAUUGGUUUAUUUCAUUAUGAUCUCACAGGAAGUGCAGGAUCUGGACCAGACUGUUAAGGGCACUAUUGUUGCACUAUGAGCAGAGGAAAUGUGGCUGCUCUUUUUUGAAUAAUUGCACUGACUAGACACUAUGAAGCAGUACUGUAUAUAUUUUAUUAAACGAAACUGGCAGUCUGCACUAUUCUGACAUCAGAAAGAUGGCCAGGACAGUAUAGAUCAAAAUUCAUAUGGUAUGAAUUUGAAUUUUAGAUAGUAAAGACUGUACAUCACAGUAUAGUGUUUUUCUGCACAUGGUCACACUUUUAAAAUCCAACAAAAUGGUGAAGGGAUAUCACUUUAUAGGUAAUUAUUUAGUCUUGCUGGAUUGUGGACCCGGACUGGGAGUCCCAACCCUGCUAUCGUUGCCUUCAGUUUCUCCAUUCUUUGUAGUACAGAGAGCAUGUUAUAGCUCACAUAAAAGGUUCUGUUGUCACAUGUCCUCUUUAAUCUGUAGGCUUGCUUUCUGGUCAUUUUACAAACUUCAGUGUUUUUUUAUGUUUUCUCUAGUUCAUAGAAAUGUCAAAGUAAUUUUACAUUCAUAGGAAGUACAGUCCCUACCAUAGUGCAGAUAUAUUACACUACGGCGGUUCUGGUAUGAUCAUUAUGCCUGCCAGCCCUAUAAUCAACAUUUCUACAGCUUACAUAAAUGAUGUCAUAACUUGCUGCACCUUAUUCAGGGUUGGAGGGUUUUACCAAAGGUCUAGUGGGGUUUUUGUAGAAAUACUCAUGUCAGUUUGUUAUUUUAUUUCUGUAGUUGUUAGUGCUGGUGCUGAUGGUACAGUUUGGGAGGUUACCUGUGCAGAUAGAACCAUACACGCUUUAUAAAUCUAAACUGAUUUUCACUGUACUGACAAAUGAGGCUCAGUUUAAACGUGAGGGUGCAUUUUCUUUUCAAUGGGAAAAUGAUUUUAAGGUUAAUUUUACUGAUUGUUUUAAAUUCUUGGAUCAAAGAUAUGGGAUUGGAUUGUUGACUGUUUUUUGCCAUUGAGUUGUUUUUUUUGUCGUGUUUUUAUUUUGAAUCCACUUUUCAGUUUAAUCGAACCACUGUGACGUCGAGUUUUAUGAUUAAAGCUCUCACUGUCUGAACUUUGACAUCAGCUAGUUAUUUAAAGGAGAUGGAAAGUAUGGUGUCUUUCGAAAGAUUAAGAUGAGUCAUAAUGACCAAUUCAAUACUCUAAAAUUUCAUGAAGAAAAUAUUAAUUAAGAACAUCACAAUGGUAGAAUGUUAGCUGCAAGAUCUAAUUUCUGAAAUUGUGACUAUGUGUGCUUUGUAUUCAGACAUUCUGUUGUUUUUGUUUUUGUGAACACAUAAACCGAUAGAUCAUAUUUUGUAUCACUCUGUAAAUUACCCUGCCAUCAGUGAUGGAGUAGACAGUUGUACUGUGGCCUGUCUGCUAUUUUUAUCUGAUGCUGCUGUCUUCCACAUAAUUUAACAAGCACCUUUACAUUAAUAUCCAUCAGGCAUUUUUUGUUUUAAUGUAAUUACCUCCUUUGAGUCACACCAACCUGACACCGUAUGUGAAGAAUUUAGAUUUAUCCAGAGUCAGCCAAAUUUGAAUUAUGUAGCGCAUUAGGAUUACUCCCAUCUUUAAGUGGGCAAAGUCACUUUAAUGACGAGUCGGUUUGAACGAAAAUAAAGGUCCUAUCUGUUUGCGCUCAAUGCCAUUGCAUCUAUGAGAUGUGAAGUGUACAUAAAUAUACAAUAAAGCAUGACAUGCAACGUUAUUGUUAUGUUACUGAUACUGACAGCAAUUUGACCCGUAACAGGCAGCGAUAUCAUGAUGUGGAUAUUUGAUUUUUUUUUCAGUCAUCUAGGAUUUUGUUUUGUGCUAUUAUGGAUAUCAACAUUACACUUCAGGGUUCAGGGUUCAGGGUUGUUCUCGUCAUAGUAACAACUUUGAGAGUUCCAAUUAAGGUUAAACACUGUCUGCUCUCUUUUUCCCUUCUGUUAGGAUCUCUCUGUUUUCCUUUUGCAGUGUCUCUAUAGAAGGGCACAGUGGAGAGGGAAUUUUAUGGCAUUAGUGCUUGAGAGUUGUCUCAGUUGUUUUAUACGCAAGAUGGAUUGAGUAGUAAUUUAGAGAUGAAGUAGACCGAUGAGCGUUUUUGAAAUGGAAAUACUUAGAUGAGUAAUGAUAUUUGUAAAUACUUGUAAACAAAAAUGUUGUUCUUCGGAUGAAUCCA